CUCUCUCUCUCUCUCUCUUCUCUCUCUCUCUCUCUCUUUGUUUUUUCCUUCCCUCUCGUUUCGACUUGUUUUCGUCCGUGCGUGUGAGCAUGCAAAGCAACGAUCGACACCGAAGCCAGACUCCAGGAGCAUCAUGGACAAAUCUGACACUUCUGUUUUACAAAUGCACUUUAUAUUUAUUCAUCUUUGGUCUGGAACUGAAGCACGGCGCUGCGGCACCACCGGAGUCUGAUGACUUUGCUUUUUACUUAGAGGACUUCAGCAGGUGCCUGGGGGUGCAGGAUAAAUCUUUAAGCCUGACAACCUCAUGUGAAGACCCCCAUCAGCGCUGGAAGUGGGUGAGCCGGGGUCGCCUCUUCAAUCUAGGCUCCUCCACGUGCCUGGGUGUGACCACUGGGAACAUCAACUUCAGUUUGGUCAAUCCUCCUUUGGGUGUGUACCCGUGCGACCGAGAGCCCCCACGGGUGCAGUGGACCUGGAACUGUGCCGAGGUUCUGGAUAAACUCAACAGUCUCAUUCGGUCACCUGGGAACGUCUCCAUUCCCUCGACGCCCAACAAAUCCAAAUGGAGAUUAUUUGGAGAAGACCAGGACCUGUGCUCCAAACCAUAUCGAGAGAUCUACACAAUCCAGGGAAAUUCUGAUGGCCGACCCUGCCACCUGCCCUUCAUGUACAAUGGCAAGUGGUUUCAUGAAUGCACAGAUGCAGGGCGUAACGAUGGUCAUCUCUGGUGUGCCACCAGCUAUGACUAUGACAGAGACCAGUACUGGGGAUUCUGCCCCAUUAAGAGCAGCAGCUGUGAGACAUUCUGGGAUACCCACCCACUGACCAACAGCUGUUAUCAAUUUAACAUCCACGCCACACUGUCAUGGAGCGAGGCCCGGAUCAGCUGCCAGCAGCAGGGGGCAGACCUGCUAAGCAUCACCAAGCUGCAUGAGCAGGCCUACAUCAGCGGUAUACUGAAUAGUUACGAUUCUGUUUUGUGGAUCGGCUUGAAUGACUUGGACCUCAGUGGGGGCUGGCAGUGGUCUGAUUCCUCACCCCUCAAUUAUCUCAACUGGGAAACAGACGAGCCGAAACAUGUUGAUGAGGAGAACUGCGUUGUUGUCCGGUCUGAGUCAUCGGGUCGUUGGAAAAGCCGCGAUUGUUCGGAAGCUCUCCCGUAUGUCUGUAAGAAGAGUCCCAACGCCACCCUGGAUCCCUUCAGUACUGAUUCAUGGGCAGAUGAUCAUAAAUAUGACUGUGAUAAUGGCUGGCAGAAUUUCCAGGCUGGAUGCUACAAACUCACUUCAGAGAUGAUGGACUGGAACACAGCUGAGAAAACCUGCCAGAAGAUAGAUGCCAACCUGGUCAGCAUCCACACGGUACCUGAGCUGGAGUUCAUCAUGCGCAACCUGACAAAGGACAUCGAUCAGUUAUGGUUAGGGCUUCAUGACACCGAAAUGCAGAUGAACUUCCAGUGGACAGAUCACACACCUGUAAUCUUCACCUUCUGGCACCCGUUUGAACCCAAUAACUUCCGAAACACUCAGGAAGACUGUGUCUCCAUGUGGGGUCCAGAAGGCCGGUGGGACGACAGCCCCUGUAAUCUGAGCCUGCCCUUCAUCUGUAAGAAACUAGGAACUAAGAGUGAUGGAAAACCACAGCAGCAGGACUGCAAACAAGGCUGGAAGUGGCACAGUCCGGCUUGCUAUUGGGUCGGAGAAGAUCUGCUAACCUUUGAUGAAGCCAAAAAAUCCUGCGAGGCUCAGGGAGCGUCCCUUGUUACCAUUACUAACAGAUUCGAGCAGGCCUUUGCUAACAGCCUGGUGUUUGGCCGCUCCGGCGAUUCCUUUUGGAUCGGACUCCACGAUCAGGACAGUCACGGCCUGUUCCGCUGGCUCAGUGGAGAUGAGGUGUCCUUUACCAACUGGAAUCGAGACCAGCCAGUCAGCAUCCAUGGUGGCUGUGUUUCCAUGGCGACAGGCUUUGCAACAGGUCUGUGGGAGGUGAAAAAGUGCUCAUCAGCAAAGGCCAAAUUCAUCUGCCGUCAGAACCAGAACGCGUCCCUGAGCCCGGAGCUGCCCGUCCCUCAGCCCACCCCGAGUCUCAGCGGUUCCUGUCCCACCAGCUGGAAGAGCAACGCUGACCUGCGCUACUGCUAUAAGGUGUUCCACUCCUCCCAGGUGGAGCAGAAGGAAAGUUGGCUGCAGGCUCACCUGUUCUGCCGGAGACAUGGAGCCAACCUGCUGAGCAUCAGCAGCCCAGAAGAGGAGCAGUUUGUUCUGCAGGUGCUCCAUGAAGCCUUUGGGGAGUCAGAGGAACACGAGCAGCACUGGUUUUGGAUUGGACUGAACCGCAGGAAUCCCAUGGACAAUGGCAGCUGGAGGUGGAGCGAUGGACUUCCUCUGACGUACCAGAACUUUGGUCGCUACCAGUACAACAUACGGCAGUGCGCUGCAGCAGACUUGGGCAGCAUGACCUGGCUGGCCAUGCACUGUGACCAUAAGUUAGACUGGAUCUGCAAGAUUCCCAGAGGAAGUGUUGAAAAUGUACCAGAAGCAACCGAAGGCACCAGCUCUCCAGAAUGGGUUACCUUCCAGGAGGCCGAUUACAAGUUUUUUGACCAUCGCACCACUUGGGACCAGGCCCAGAGGAUCUGCUCCUGGUUCGAUUCCUCAGUGGCCUCGGUCCACUCAGCGGAGGAACAGGGUUUCCUCACCAGCACUUUAAACAAGAUGGUGAAGGUCGGAGACGACAGCUGGUGGAUCGGGCUUCACACCUAUGAGAAUGACAGGCGUUUCCGCUGGUCCGACCACUCCAUGCUCAAUUAUAUUUCAUGGGCACUCGGCAAGCCGCAGCCAAUCAGCCGUGACCGCAAAUGUGUUCACACGUCCGCUAGCAAAGGAGACUGGGCAGAUCGGAAGUGUGACUCUGACCUGCCUUACAUCUGUAAGAGGGUGAAUGUCACCGGGACCAUUCCUCCUACUCCAUCAUCCCCUCAUCCACCGGCCGGCUGUCCUGCUGGAUGGUCUUCCUUUCAACACAAGUGCUUCAGAGUGUUUGAUCAGUCACCUCUGGUCACCUGGACUGCAGCAGAGCUGAAAUGCAAGACUCACGGCGGCGUGUUGGCUGUGGUGUCCAAUCAUCUGGCUCAAGCUUUUCUCACCAUCUUGAUGAAGAAUGUCAGCAGCGACCUUUGGGUGGGUCUGACCUCAGACUCUAAAGGUCACUUCCAGUGGGCAAAAACUGGGCUGCUCAGCUACACCAACUGGGCCCCCGGAGAACCAAUCGACAACAGUGGACCUCAUCACAACAAGACACCGGGAAACUGUGUGGUGAUGAUUCACGGAAACCCGCCAAAGAACACCGCCAUGUGGGCCUCCAGAGCCUGUGAAAUGGAGAAAAAUGGCUUCAUCUGUCAAAAGCAGCAAGAUCAAAGUCUUCCUCCAGUACCUGCCUACAUUCCUCCCUCCCUGUCUAAGGCUGUGGAGCUGGGUGGGGUGACAUACCGGGUUGUGAAGAAGCCCCUGGACUGGACCGGCGCGCUGUACAUCUGUGAAUCUUUAAACGGGAGCCUAGCUGUGGUGAAGGAUCCCUUCCAACAGGCAGAUCUCACACUGCUCAUCAACACCCUGCGUCAGCCUGCCUGGAUCGCUCUCUAUAAUUACGGAGGACGGAGUUUCACCUGGUUAGGUGAUGAAGAGGUGAAAUACUCUGACUGGAAAGAAGGGGAGCCCAAUCAGAUGGCUGGAUGUGGUCACAUGACCACAACAGGCCAGUGGACUAUGACUCCCUGUGAUGCUAAACUGGAGGCUGCCAUAUGUCAGAUUAAUAAUGAGCCCAUGACUCACCAGUGGAUCUAUCCUGGGCAGUGUCCCAACUCUGCGGGAGAGUGGGCCUGGGUUCCAUUCAGAAACCACUGCUACGCCUUCAACCUGCAACUUCUCAAGCUGCAGCAGGAUGCACGCACGUCCUGCAAAAAAAUGGGAGCAGAACUUGUUUCCAUCUUGGAUGAGGUGGAGCACAAUUUUAUUUGGGAACACAUCCAGAGUUUCUCGGAACAGGCACAUGGAGCUUGGCUGGGAAUCAGCGUGAAAGGUCGAGGCUUUGUGUGGAACGAAGACACGGAGAUGUCGUUCACCAACUGGGAAGAACAUAACGAUGCUUUCUCUGUCCUCUCUAUCAACUCCUGCUUCUGGAUCCAAAGCAACACCGGCCUGUGGAAGCCGGACGCCUGCAGGAAUCGUACACACGGAGUAAUCUGCAAACGGCCUCGCAGUACUGAAACAUCACCUGUAACGAUGGAUGUUAACCACCUGCCCACUCUGAUUGCUGUCAUGGUGACGGGGCUGGUGCUAGUCCUGGUGGUCGCUGCGGCGAUCUACCUGUACCGCCGGCGAACUGUGGGCUCCCGGGGCUCCUACGAAGGGGCUCGGUACAGCCGCACCAGCUCAGGCGCCGAGCAGGUGGAGAAGAACAUCCUGGUGUCUGACAUGGAGCUGAACGAGCAGUCAGAGUAGCUCCACUCACCCCAAACCUCCCAACUAACCCACGACUAGAUCCAAACUCGUUCUGAUGCUCUUUUUUGUCUCUUUUUACACCAAAAUAAAAGUAUUUUUAAAGUGCUGAAGGGCUGCGUAGAACGCGGCAGAUUGCAUGUUGAGUCAACAGCUUUAAAAAAAACAUCCAGUUUUGUAAAAUUUGAGCAGAUUUGGAUGAAUCAGAUCUGCUUUUCUUCCCUAAAAACAUGAAUCGUGUUAUUGCAGCUGACAAACAUUCAGAUGAGUUUUUUCCAACAGCUCCGGUUGCCAGAGUCUGUUUUUGCACACUGAAUUUUCCAAUCCACUUUUUACCAUUUCCAAAGGAAGACUUUUAACUAAAUGUGCUUUGCUUUUGUUCUUUAAAAUGCAAAACGUUCCUGUUAAGAACCGCGUUGUUUUUCUAGUGUUUUCUUCACUUCUCUUCGUUACCGUGUCAGUAUUAAUCAGAACUGGAAACUUUUAGCAUAUUUUUUCUUG